AUGCCAGCAACCUCCAAACUUCGAGGGAGCGGCCUCCGUUUGCGGCCUUUCUACGCGACCGUUUUUCUGUUAUCGCUUUUGGCAUCCUGGUCCCUCUUGGCCAAAACCACUGAGAGACAGCUUCACCUGCAAGACACCUCACUCCUCGCCAAACGAUCUGAGUUCACAGAAUGCCGUGACGUCCACCGCGCCGACGACCAGUGCGCCUUUGUCAAGGCUCACUGCGCCGACGAUGAGGCUGGUCUCCUCUCCUACCUGACGCUUUACUACUGCGACCUUGGCAAGGCCCAGACAUUGGCCUUCGUUAUUAUUGUCUGCUGGCUCGGCUUGCUCUUCACCACCAUUGGCAUCGCCGCCAGCGAUUUCUUCAGCGUCAAUCUCAACACCAUUUCCGCCAUUCUGGGCCUCAGCGAGAGUCUAGCUGGCGUCACCUUCCUGGCCUUUGGCAAUGGCUCUCCCGAUGUCUUCAGCACCUUUGCGGCCAUGGGCUCGAACAGCGCCAGCAUGGCGGUUGGAGAGCUGAUCGGCGCAGCAAGCUUCAUCACUGCCGUAGUAGCCGGGUCCAUGGCUUUGGUUCGCGAGUUUAAAGUGGGGAGAAAGACCUACGUCCGGGAUCUGUCCUUCUUCAUCGUCGCCGUAUGCUUCACCAUGGUGUUUCUGGCGGACGGCCAUCUGCAUUUAUGGGAAUGCAUAACGAUGGUUUGCUACUACAUAUUCUACGUGGUUACCGUUGUCACCUGGCAUUGGUAUUCGACAAGGCGGAGUCAGCGGCGGGUCCGGGAAGCUGCCGCGCGAGGCCAUGUAUACGGACCGGUGGGGCAUCUCAACGAUGAGCUGGCUCCGGAGCCGUACCGGGAUGAUCCCGACGACGAAGACCGUCACGUAACUUCUACCGCCGCCUUCAACUCCGGGGACAUCAGCGCACUGGAAGCGGGACCAAGAAUUGAAGUUGAUGGUCAUGCUGAGGACGAAGAUGAGGCCGAAGACAGCGAUCAUGGGCGGCACGUGGUGGCAGAGAUGGCAAGCAGCAUGCGAGUGCUGCGGCCUAGAGGCAGAAGGCGUAACACCCUCACGCCUAUCCGUCCUAGUUUGGUCGGCGCGUUGGAAUUUAGCUGCAAAAGGAAAGCAACCACAGAAUGA